UAAUAAUAAAGAAACUUUUGUGUUUGUUUGGCUUUGUGCUUUUUUUCACCUUUGGGGUCUCCUUGAGGAGAAGGGAAGAAGAAGAAGAAGAAGAAGAAGAAGAAGAAGAAGAAGAAGAAGAAGAAGAAGAAGAAGAAGAAGAAGAAGAAGAAGAAGAAGAAGAAGAAGAAGGAGGAGGAACCCACCAACCCACCUCGUAAUUCUUUCCAUUUUCCUUGAUCCUUCCUUCCUCCUCGUAAUUUCUCUUCAAUCCCAAACAAACGCUGCUUCCAUGUUUCUUCCAAUUUGACUUUCAAAUCGCGCGUGCGCUUCUUCUUUCAUUCCCUUCCCUCUCUCUAAAACCUCUGCAAUUUGUCAAUGAUCUUGAGUCCUCGCUUUCCCAUUCGUUUUUGAAUUAUUCCUCUUUUCCGUACUCUCCUCUUUGGUCUUUACCUUAACACGCGCACACACACACACACACGAAAAAAAAAAAUACAAAACAAAAUUGUUGUAGUAGUUUUGUACCUUGUGAAUUACUAUUAGAUCACGCACUUCGCACCAAAAACCACACCUAUUUCCUUCAAUUUAGCCUCGAUUCUUCCGCCCUUUGUUCAAAGGAGAAUAUUCUAUUUAUUUAUUUAUUUAUUUUCUUCUUCUGAGUAUGAAGUUAUAGCGAAUUUGAGUGAGUGAAUGGGUUGGCUCAGCAGAAUUUUUAAAGGCUCAGACCAUAAUAAGCUAUCGGAAGGGCAUUACUAUAAAGAGGAUGCGGGUUAUUACUUGCCAUCCACUUCAGGGGUAACAAAUGAUGCUUGGAACCAGAACCAGAACCAGAACGAGAAUGAAGAUAUUGAUCGUGCUAUUGCGUUGUCUCUGGUGGAAGAGAGUCGGAAAGCAAACAACAAUGUAAAUGACUACAGAUCACAAUUAGAAGAAGAUGAACAACUUGCUAGAGCUAUAGAACAAAGUCUAAAUUUGGAGUCUCCUCCCAGAUAUGGAAACGAAAAUAUGUAUCAACCACCAAUUCAGUAUUUCCCCUUGGGGUCCAGGAUUUGUGCUGGCUGCUAUACUGAGAUUGGUUUUGGACGAUAUCUAAAUUGCUUGAAUGCAUUCUGGCAUCCUGAAUGCUUCCGCUGCCGUGCUUGCAACCUACCAAUCUCUGAUUACGAGUUCUCCACAUCUGGGAAUUACCCUUACCAUAAAUCAUGCUAUAAGGAAAGCUACCAUCCAAAAUGUGAUGUCUGCAAGCACUUCAUUCCAACAAAUCCUGCUGGUCUUAUUGAAUAUAGGGCACAUCCAUUCUGGAUCCAGAAAUAUUGCCCUACUCAUGAACAUGAUGGUACUCCACGCUGUUGCAGCUGUGAGCGAAUGGAGUCACAAGAGGCAGGAUAUAUUGCUCUUAAGGAUGGCCGGAAGCUCUGCUUAGAGUGUCUAGAUUCUUCUAUCAUGGAUACUAAUGAAUGCCAACCCCUUCAUGCCGAUAUACAAAGAUUUUAUGAUAGCCUAAAUAUGAAACUGGACCAGCAAAUUCCACUUCUAUUGGUUGAAAGACAAGCACUGAAUGAAGCAAGAGAGGGAGAGAAGAAUGGCCACUAUCACAUGCCGGAAACCAGAGGACUCUGCCUCUCAGAGGAGCUCAGCACUUUCUCGAGACGACCUAGACUUGGGACAGCAAUGGACAUGAGAGCGCAGCCGUACAGACCGACUACACGCUGCGAUGUGACCGCAAUUCUCGUUUUAUAUGGUCUUCCAAGGUUGCUUACUGGAUCAAUCCUAGCUCAUGAGAUGAUGCAUGCAUGGCUGCGGCUUAAAGGUUAUCGGACUCUAAGUCAAGAUGUUGAAGAAGGUAUCUGUCAGGUUUUGGCUCAUAUGUGGUUGGAAUCUGAACUUUCUUCUGCAUCAGGCAGCAACUUUGUAUCAGCCUCAUCCUCAUCUGCAUCACAUACAUCUAGAAAAGGUAAAAGACCUCAGUUUGAGAGGAAGCUUGGGGAGUUCUUCAAGCACCAGAUUGAAUCAGACAUUUCCCCUGUUUAUGGAGAUGGGUUUAGGGCAGGUCAAAAAGCAGUGCGUAAAUAUGGUCUACAAAGGACCCUUCACCAUAUCAGGAUGACAGGGACUUUUCCAUAUUAAGUACAGAGAUUCCCCAUUUAACAGAUUGUUUCUCAUUCUUUCUAGAUAUAAAGCCUGGCCUGUUACUAUUAGAGAAACCGAGGCCAAGGUGCUUAGGCAUUAUAGCUUCGACGAAUUGGUGAUUUUUUGUACUUGUAAUUAUUGAUACCGUUGCGGAUAUAUUGAUUACAUUCACAUUUUUUUUUAAUGUAUCACACUGCUACUUUUUGGCAUUACCAA